CAGGCUUUAAGGCAUGUGGUUCUCAACUGGGGACAAUUUUUCCCUCAGGAGACCCGUGUCAAAAUCUGGAGAUGCUUUGUUGCUACAACAAGUGGGCGCUACUGGCAUCUAGUGCGUAGAAGCAAGAACGCUGCAAAACGUCCUACAACGUAGGACAGCCGCCCAGAAUGUCAGUAAUGCGAACCUGCUUUAAGGUUAUCAGACUCCGUCUCUUGCUCCUCCACUUUGCAAUUCCAGGAGACGGUGGCUUGGAAAUGGACAUGCUAGGGGACCUUGAAUCCCUGCAGUUUGAGUAUGGGAUUCAAGAGGAAGAUCGCAGCUGGCUGUAUUUGCAGGGCCGUUCUCGAGGGCUGAUGAUCAAGGCCUGUGCCCAUGCAACCUUCUUCUGCAAGCUACUCUGUAAUUUGAGAGAAUCAUUCCAUGAGAAGCAGACUUCCAGCUGUCCCUUGACUGGAUUGCUUACUGGCAUUCCCGAUGAUGAUGAGUUAAAGGUGGGCAUCAUUGGAGGUGGCCACCUUGGGAAGCAGCUGGCUCGUGUACUGCUUCAGCUUGUCCCCAUCCCUGCUGAGAACCUGAGGAUCUCCACUCGGAGGCCAGAGGCCCUGGAUGAGUUCCAGAAACUGGGAAUCCAGUGUUUUUACCAUAACCCUUAUCUGGUGGACUGGGCCAACGUUCUGUUCCUCUGCUGCCUGCCCUCUCAGCUGCCUAAUAUCUGCCUAGAAAUUCAAACCCGCCUGGAGAAAGGUUGCAUCGUGUACAGCUUCGUGGCUGCCGUCCCAAUAGCCAGGUUGAAACUCCUACUGAACCACACCAAUAUCUUGCGGCCUCAGUAUCAAUGUGUUGAAGAUUUUGUCAACAUCUGGGGGGCCAACAAGGACAUCACAGCUGCCCUCCAAGAUCCUGUGAUUCUUCAGGCUACCUGCCUCUACAGUCCUGCUGGGGGAAUAAUCCUCAAUAUCAAGUGGUUGGAGGGAGUGUUAUACGCGGUCCUAAACAUCUGCACCGCAAGGGACAUGCCUCACUUACAAGCGCUGCAGCUUCUGAAUGAACUGUUACUCUCUGUGCACUUUGAAGACUGUGAGAAAGAUGGAGCAUCUUGCCCCAAAUUUCAGUUACAUGAUUUUGUCAGCCAAAUCUAUAGCAAGAACCUAUCUCAGCAAAGGCCUUUCCCCUGGUUUGAUCUGACUGCUGUGCAACUCAAGGAAACACCCUUUAGUCAGCAUCUCUCAGCCAGUACUGCUCUCCAGGACCACCUUACCUAUCGAUACUGUGAUUCAUUUGGUAUCUCCCUACCCCAAGAACAGCAGCCAGGGGUUUCCACAGGCUCUGCCUCUCAAUAAGAGAAGAGACCUCAGGAAUCCGGAUUUUUUUCCCUCCACAAUGCUUGUACCCUGAUUAUCACAAUUGACACUGGGUAUCAUGUGAGUGUACUGUUUGCCACAUGUUUGGGCAUUAAGGAAAUAGAAAAUUGUACUAAUGUCUUUAACAUGUAGAAUAAAACAAGAGGUCUUUUACAUCAGUGUAUUUGGGUAUGUCUGGCUUUUUGGAAAUAGCCAAAUGAAACUGUAUAACCUGACACACUUAAGUAAGCUGCAUCCCGAGGAAAGCCAUGUUAAUAUAAAUUAUCUUUCUUCUAAAAGCUAAAUUCAAGAAGUUAUGUCAUUAUUAGACAGUACGUACUGCAGCUUGUUUUCCUAUAGCAGUGUGUAGCUGACAAAUGAUACAGCUUGA